UAUUACUAUGUACAUAGUAGACCACCUAGCAGAAGGUUCUUAUUAAGCGAAUAAUCGCCAAUUGGAUAUACCAAUUUGAAGUAUUCCAAUCUACAUAUCCGAUACUUACUCAUGUUUUCAAUAUUCAUCGUCAACGUUAUUGAUUUCAAUGUUCUUUAAAUAUUCCGUCUUCGGUGCAGGAUACAUACGGGUAUAACCUAUAAAUGUACUAAUACGAAUUACGCCAUACUUAAAAUUCCCAGGGACCCCACCAAAGCCCAUAGAUCCCGGCAUGCCCGUCCCAGAUUCGUCUUCCAAAGAUGGUCCACAGGGGCCGUUGGAUCGGCAGAAACAAGAGGGACACGAGGAAACGGUAGAUCUUCCGUCCUUUUAUUCCCCGCGAUCUCGGCCGAUCCGGGAAAAUGAAGGCUCUCUUGUGACAAGAUUGGAUCACGACGAAUUAUCCCUCUCCUCAGUCGCGCAUCUGCCAACUUCUUCCCCUUCGACCCCUUCCACUUCCACAAACGAUGCAGCCCAGCCACCGCCGCCGCCCUCACUACUUUCUCCCGCCUUCACACCUCCUGCUACUCCCGGCACUGCGACGCCCACUCCCUUAGCCGAGCGACAGCCCCGAGGUGUUCCCGUAGACUCUUCCAUCCCAUCCGGUGGCUGCGGUACUAAACGGCCUAAACUACUCGAGACCCUACCCGAGGUUCAAUGCAUUGUACGCGCUCGUAUUCCCACCGUCUCAGGAACGGAAAUGUUCUUACAUCUCUACACCAACAAUGUCGAUAACAAAGAGCAUCUUGCAAUUGUGUUCGGCCCGCAUAUUAGAAGCAAGUCGCUCGAUGCGCCGAGGGAAGGGGAGACGGAGAUGGAUCGAAUGGUGAGGGGCGCGUACACUGGUCGUCUUUACCCUGGGCGGACGAAGAGCGGGAUGGCGGGCGGUACAUCAUCUACCGCGGACGAACCAGCAGUAGUUCCCAGCGGUCCUCCGCUUGUCCGGAUACACUCGGAAUGCUAUACUGGCGAGACGGCGUGGUCCGCGCGAUGCGACUGUGGCGAGCAGUUGGAUGAGGCGGCACGUCUCAUGUCGCUUCCUAGCGCCGUGAACGGGGGCAUUGUCAUCUAUCUGCGCCAAGAAGGUCGUGGCAUCGGCCUUGGCGAGAAGCUAAAGGCGUAUAACUUGCAAGACUUAGGAUCCGACACGGUGGAGGCGAACUUAUUAUUGCGACAUCCAGCGGAUGCGCGAAGCUAUGGGCUUGCGACGGCGAUGCUACUCGACCUGGGACAGAGGGAGAUCCGAUUGCUGACGAACAACCCGGACAAAAUUCGGGCGGUCGAGGGCCCGAAUAUGGAAGUGAGGGUAACGGAACGCGUGGCGAUGGUACCGCUGAGCUGGAAUGGCAAAGGGGGCUUCAGGAGUCGGGAGGUGGAGGGAUACUUGAAGACUAAGAUCGAAAAGAUGGGACAUAUGCUAGACAUGGGAGGGUUACCUCCCUAAUGAGCGCAUAUAGGUAUAUCCGAGGCUCUCUUAGAAGGUGGUCGAGUAGAAAGAGAAACCGUGUGGUAUUUCUAUGCCUUAUACACUCUCUACGGCGAUAGAAGGGCGUCUAGAUUCUCGACAUCGUACAACACAUCGACUCCAUGGCAUAUAGAGUUACUCAUAUACAGAACCAAAUCUCGUAACGUACCUAUAUCUACGAUACUACUUAUUUAGGUAGUAGGAUUGGUCGAGAUAGCAUAUAUGUAUCUUGAUAGUAUAUACUUAUGCCCUCUUUCUACAAGACCUCGUUUGGAUAUGUAUUCCACUUAUUUGAAUGCAUAUUUGGAUGCAAACGCCUUAAUGCUGCACAUUGCACCUG